UCUAUCUGUCGAGUUUCUGUUAUGAAAAUCCCCUCUGUCUCUCUCUCUCCCAAACUAAAAAACAUCAAAUUUUCUAUUUUUUAAUCUCAAGACAGCCACUAACUUCAUAUAAUUCAAUUCAAAGAGUGUGCAUUUGUAGGCACAUGCGCCUUCUCCUGGUUACUCAAAAUUAUCUGUGGACGAUUCAUCUUUGAGGAAGAGAGACAGGAUGCGGAGGUGGCUCUGUUGUACAUGUCAGGUUGAGGAGUCUUACCCCUCUCGCGAGAAUGACCACCUAAGGAGCCCUAAACAUUAUGCAGACACCAAUCCUGGGAAAGGCCAGAAGGCACCUCCAGUCAGAUCUGAAGUGCAGAAGGAAGCUCCGCCUAUUGAAGUACCUGCAUUAUCUUUGGAAGAACUUAAAGAAAAGACUGACAAUUUUGGUUCAAAGGCAUUGAUUGGGGAAGGAUCCUAUGGAAGAGUUUAUUAUGCUAACUUAGACAAUGGGAAAGCUGUGGCAGUAAAAAAACUUGAUGUUGCAUCUGAGCAAGAGUCAAAUAUUGAAUUUCUGACUCAGGUUUCCAUGGUGUCGAAAUUGAAGAAUGAAAAUGUUGUGGAGUUGCUUGGUUACUGUGUUGAUGGAAGUAUUCGAGUGCUUGCAUAUGAAUUUGCGACUAUGGGAUCUCUUCAUGACAUAUUGCACGGUAGAAAAGGAGUUCAAGGAGCACAACCAGGUCCUACUCUUGAUUGGAUCCAGCGUGUGAGAAUUGCAGUUGAUGCAGCAAGGGGGUUGGAAUAUAUGCAUGAGAAGGCACAACCUGCUAUUAUACACAGGGAUAUCAGAUCAAGCAAUGUGCUUCUAUUUGAAGAAUUUAAAGCCAAAAUUGCAGAUUUUAACCUUUCAAAUCAGGCUCCUGACAUGGCUGCUCGUCUUCAUUCUACUCGUGUUUUGGGAACCUUUGGCUACCAUGCUCCUGAGUACGCAAUGACUGGACAAUUAACACAGAAGAGUGAUGUGUAUAGUUUUGGGGUGGUUCUCUUGGAACUGCUGACUGGGAGGAAACCUGUCGAUCAUAAUAUGCCACGGGGACAACAGAGUCUUGUCACUUGGGCUACUCCAAGACUGAGCGAAGACAAAGUCAAGCAAUGCGUGGAUCCAAAAUUGAAGGGAGAAUAUCCUCCGAAAGGAGUGGCUAAGCUUGCGGCUGUGGCUGCACUGUGCGUGCAAUAUGAAGCUGAAUUCAGGCCGAAUAUGAGCAUUGUUGUUAAGGCACUUCAACCACUUUUGAAGGCUCCAAACCCAGCUCCUCCUCCUCCUCCUCCUCCAGAGACCUGAAAAGGCAAAGAAAAAGUUUCUGAAGUCAGAAAAUCUACAGCGGCUUGUGCACAGUUUGGUUACUUUGCUUGCGGAUUUAUUUAGUUUUACACUAUAUUUUUUGAUUGCCAGCAUAUGGGAUUGAAUGUGUAGGUUGGAAUCCGUCUACUAUUUAACAUCUCUGUCUUCUGUUGCUUGCUGCUGGUAUUAUGAUACCUCCAGGCUCUGCCAAUUCUUUUUCGAGUAAAAAUAUCAACGUUGUGAUUUGGUUGUGCGGCGGAUUUAUUAUUAUUGUUUGGUUUCGAUGAAUAUCCCCUUUGUGCCGA